AUGGAGCGUGAGCUGGAAGUCUCGCUCGUUUUUGAAAACGAGAAACUCCGGCGUGAAGUGGAGGAUCUGAAAACACUCCAGAGUGUGGUGAAGGAGAACCUCAAUCUGCGCUCGAGGCUGGAGAACUCCGUCUCAAACCAUCACCACAACCACCACAACAACACCACGAUGACGGAGAAGAGCCACAUCAGCCCAGGGACGAGAUCCAUACUCCACGGCCGUGACUCGUUUGUUGGCGAGAACUCGUUCAGAGCCGGUCUUAUCACACCUCAUUGCACGUCGUCUCCUAUGAAAAACACGCAAAGCAGACCUGCACGUCCUGUCAUGUCCUCAUCGUCCUCCUCCUCCUCCUCGUCCUCAUCCUUGUCCUCCUCGUCCAGCCAGACAGUGAAGGAUCCCGAGCGUGUUUUAGGUGAAAUCGCCUUCCAGGUGGAGCGCAGGAUCCUCUCGUAUGUCUUCAUCCAUCAGACAAGACUGUAUGGCUUCACCGUGCAGAACAUACCAGAAAAGAUCAUACAGGUGUCUACACAUCCUCUGACAGGACAGGAGGACGAGCAGUACCGGACUGAGCUGACCGAGCGCUACGUGGAUCUGAUGGAUCGUCUCGGCGCUUUGGGCUACAGUAGGAGGCUCCAUCCUCCAUUCGCCGAAUUCAUCAUCAACACCUACGGCAUCCUGAAGGAACGGCCGGACGCACAGACGGCUCAGGAGCAGAGCUUUAACAGCCUGGACGUCCUGCGCAGUGUGAUGGUCGAGACGGCACCGUCAGCCCUGCUAAAAGACAUGCUAGUCCUCUUUAGCUGCCUGUGCUACCUGGCUGAGAAGGACGGAAAACCACUCAUCCUGUGGUAGCGCCAACGUGCGCUGUCUCUCCUUCCACAAGUGCCAGAGCAAACGAGGACUCACUUAUGCUAGUCAUGAAACAGCCCGGAGCAUGACGUUUAUUUAUUAUACAGAUUAUGCAUAUUAUCACCUUCCAUACACCAAGAAGAACCAUAACAGAACUAAAGACACUGAUAUCGGGCUUUAACUGGGGGUGAGAGGCUUAUGUAGUUAAGAAGAAAGAGAAGCUAAUGGCCUCCAGGUUAGCAUUUAACUUUUCUAUAGGUCUGAAUCGGUUGUUUAUUGUUCAGGGUC